UAUGAAACCCAAUGUAUAAUCGCAGUUAGGUACAUGUAACGAGCAUUGUUGAAAUUAAAUGUAUUGUAUUCUACGUGUGUGCUCGAACGGUCAUGAGAACCUAAUGAAAGCUCCGAUGGAAGCUCAGCAGUGUGAGUUCGCGCGGCGAGCCAGCCGCCCGCCCCACGCCCGCGGCCGCCCAACUGCCCGUAAACUUUUACUGUUUACUUUACGCCCGAUGUGUCUUUAAAAUGCUUAUUUACUAUAGUUAUCGGGACUUGUUACUUCAUUGUUCAUAUUUUUACACUUUAUUGAACUGAUGAGCGCGAGUUUGCUAUAAGUAAACGCAAUUUGUGCAGUGAGCUGUUGAUUUGGAGCGGCAUUGUUGAUUGAAGCUUCGAAGUGUUCAAGUGACUUCCACUACAGAAGCUGAGUAUGGCGCGUUAAUAAUAGCGCUUUUUACAUCCAUUGCACGUUAGGAAGUGGAGUGUUUUAGUGAUGAAUGUGUGGAGGCAGUGAUGGAGGAUGGCGUGGCCGGGCGGCUCGCCGGACACGGUGGAGCUGGCGCUGCGGCCGGUGGACAGCCGCGACACGCUCGAGUCGCUGAGCACGCCGGGGACCGUCAUCGUGGAACCGCCGCAUGUUGACAAUGAGGACGAAGCGACGACAUCCGGUCUGACGGACGGCGCGCAGGGCGACGUGCAGAACCGCGUUAUCUUCGUCAAUCGACCGCAGCCGCAAAAGUUUCUCUCCAACAAAGUCUCUACCGCCAAAUACAGCGUGGCGUCGUUCUUGCCGCUGUUCCUGUUCGAGCAGUUCCGACGCUACUCCAACUGCUUCUUCCUGCUGAUAGCGCUUCUGCAGCAGAUCCCCGACGUGUCUCCCACGGGCCGGUGGACGACGUUAACACCGCUCUUCUUUAUUCUCUUCGUGUCUGCCGUCAAGGAAAUCCUCGAGGAUUUUAAACGACACCGGGCAGAUGACGAAACGAACAACCGGCGCUGUGAUGUGCUUCGCCAAGGUCGCUGGAUGUCGCUACGCUGGUCCGAGCUGGUCGUCGGAGACAUCGUCAAAGUGCUCAACAACCAGUUCUACCCCGCUGACCUCGUGCUGCUGUCCACCAGCGAACCUCAAGGAAUCGCAUUCAUCGAGACAUCGAACCUGGACGGCGAGACCAACCUGAAGAUCCGGCAGGCGUCGCCGGAGACGGUACGGCUCGAGGACGGAGAAGCGCUGGCCGCUUUUGCGGCCACCAUACAAUGCGAGCCCCCCAACAGGCAUCUCUACGAGUUCAACGGGCUGCUUAAGGAGGCCAAUUCAAAAACGAUUCCACUGGGGCUGGAGCAGAUGAUGCUGCGUGGCUCCAUGCAGCGGAAUACGGCGUGGCUGCAGGGCGUCGUGGUGUACACGGGCCACGAGACCAAGCUCAUGAAGAACUCCACCAAAGCACCCCUGAAGCGGUCGUCGAUAGACAAGCAGACGAACACACAGAUCUUGAUGUUGUUCAUCCUGCUGCUGGUGCUGUCCGUGGUGAGCGCGGCCUUCAACGAGCUCUGGCUACACCGCCGCGGGAACAAGGACUGGUACAUAUCGCUCAAGGAUGCGGUGAACCUGAACUUCGGUUUUAACUUUUUGACAUUUUUAAUAUUGUACAACAACCUUAUACCUAUAUCGUUACAAGUCACUGCUGAAAUAGUUAGGUUUUUCCAAGCGAAGUUCAUAGCGUUGGACAGCGAGAUGUACCACGCACCCACUGAUACACCGGCGCAGGCGCGCACCUCCAACCUCAACGAGGAGCUCGGCAUGGUCAAGUACAUCUUCAGCGACAAGACCGGCACCCUCACCGCCAACAUCAUGGAGUUCCACAAGUGCUCCAUCGCCGAGAUAAUAUACAACCGUCCAGGCCCCAACGAGCCGCUGGAGCAGACUCAGCUGUACCAGAACCUGAUGAGGAAUCACCCCACUAGCCCCGUCAUACGAGAGUUCCUCACCAUGCUGGCCAUCUGCCACACCGUCAUACCCGAGUCCGACGGCGACAAGGUUAACUACCACGCCGCUUCACCAGAUGAGCGCGCCCUAGUGCUAGGCGCGGCUAUGUACGGCUACGUGUUCACAACGCGGACACCGAAGACGGUCACCAUCGAGGCGAGCGGCGAGUCACUCACGUUCCAGGUGCUCAACGUCAUCGACUUCACGUCUGCGAGGAAACGCAUGUCGCUCAUCGUGCGCACGCCCACAGGCGAAAUAAAGCUAUACUGCAAGGGAGCGGACUCCGUGAUCUACGCACGGCUGGCGCGCGGCCCCGAGCAGGCCGUGUUCGGCGCCGCCACGCUGGCGCACCUCGAGGCCUUCGCGGCCGAGGGGCUGCGGACCCUCGUGUUCGCCGUGGCCGACAUAUCUCCAGCCGUGUAUGAGGAAUGGGCGAACACAUACCACAAGGCGAGCGUGGCCAUCCAGAACCGCGAGGAGAAGAUCGAGGAGGCGGCCAACCUCAUCGAGACCAACCUGCGCCUGCUCGGCGCCACCGCCAUCGAGGACAAGCUGCAGGACGGCGUGCCUGAAACGAUAGCGGCGUUGCUAAAAGCAAACAUUAACGUGUGGGUGUUGACGGGGGACAAACAAGAAACCGCCAUCAACAUCGCGCAUUCGGCGCAGCUCAUCAACGCCAACAUGCCGCUCAUGAUCCUCAACGAGGACAGCCUGGACGCCACACGAGAGAUCAUUGCUCGUCAUUCAGCCGACUUCGGCGAGAACCUGCGCAAGCAGAACGAAGUAGCCCUCAUCGUGGAUGGCAAGACGCUCACCUACGCCAUGGGCUGCGACCUCAAGAAGGACUUCCUGGACCUCUGCAUCUCCUGCAAGGUCGUCGUUUGCUGCCGCGUCUCGCCUAUACAGAAAGCGGAGGUGGUGGAGAUGGUGUCGUCGGCGACGGGAGCAGUGACCCUGGCCAUUGGUGACGGCGCCAACGACGUGGCCAUGAUCCAGCGCGCUAGCGUCGGCGUCGGCAUCUCCGGCGUCGAGGGCCUGCAGGCCGUGUGCGCCUCCGACUACAGCAUCGCGCAGUUCCGUUUCCUGCUGCGGCUGCUGCUGGUGCACGGCGCCUGGAACUACUCGCGCAUCAGCAAGCUGAUCCUGUACUCGUUCUACAAGAACAUCUGCCUCUACGUCAUCGAGCUCUGGUUCGCCAUGUACUCGGCCUGGUCGGGCCAGAUCCUGUUCGAGCGGUGGUCGAUAGGUUUCUACAACGUGAUCUUCACGGCGUGGCCGCCUUUCGCCAUCGGCCUCUUCGACAAGCUGUGUUCACCAGAAAUCAUGAUCAGGCACCCGGUUCUAUACCUGCCGUCGCAACAAGGCCUGCUAUUCAACGUACGAGUCUUCUGGGUGUGGAUGAUCAACUCACUAAUCCACUCCAUUCUGCUGUUCUGGCUGCCGGUGCUCAUGACCGAGCAGCACGUUCUGUGGCCCCACGGGAAGGACGGCGGGUACCUGGUGCUGGGCAACAUCGUCUACACGUACGUGGUACUAACGGUGUGCCUGAAGGCCGGGCUGGCCACGCACUCGUGGACGUGGGUCACUCACGUGGCCAUCUGGGGCUCGUUGGCCAUGUGGUUCCUGUUCAUCCUCAUCUACAGUAACAUCUACCCAGUGGUGCUGAUAGGAAGCGUGAUGCGCGGGAUGGACCGGAUGGUGUUCAGCUCCGCUGUGUUCUGGCUCGGGCUGGUCCUCAUCCCCGUGGCUACCCUCGCUCCCGACCUGCUCGUCACUGUCAUCCACAACAGCGCGUUCAAGUCGAUGACCGAGGCGGUGCGCGAGAGCGAGAUCAAGCAGCGCGACCCCGCCGACCUGAUCGACCAGCCGCGACACUCAUGGCGUUACCUGCGCUAUAUGAUAAUCGGGAGCGCCACCAUUAAAUGCGUGGCGGAUACGCGGCACGCCUUGGUCAGACUGGCGCAGUCCUCACGGAAACGGCGCGACUGCUCCAGAACGUGCGCAGUGUCUUCAGCCGCCGCACCACGCGCGUCAACCUCGAGCUUGAGCUGUCGCAUGGGUUCGCGUUCUCGCAAGAGGAGGGCGGGAGCGUGUCGCAGUCGGACGUCAUUCGCGCGUACGACACCAGGCGGCCGAGGACGCACCGCUCCUGAAGCUCGGCGCGGCAGGCGACGCGCCGCUAAGCAGAUGUCGCGCCGCUACAUUGGCGCGAGGCAACCGACGCGCCGCGACACAACCACGUACAAACUGUUGCGUUCCGUUCCACAAGCAAGACAGACGCCCUAUCUGUUUCCAAUUUAAUUUUUCCAGUUCUUUUAAGGUUGUUGUAGGUUAGAAAGGAUUGAAGAUUUCUAAAAUCGUAUAUUUUCAAUCACCACUACAAAAUUUAAACGAAACCUGGACCCCAUUGGAAAUUGUUUUGUAAUCCUAACAAAAUAACGAUUUCAGAAAAUAGUUACUUGUGCAACAACGGAGCAAAGUUAGUUUUUGCUGCGAGGCUGAAAACAAAACUAAAAAUGUCAUGAAAGUCCCAUUAAAUUCGUUUACCUAUAAAUUACGCAAAAUUGGAAACAAAACUGUUUAAGUCCUCUUAAAACUCCCGAUCCCACUACAGCCCAGUUCCCGACAAAUCCUAUUCCCGUUUUUAGCCCUAAGUAUCCUCAUUCCCUUUCCUAUUCCUGUUCUCACUACCAUUCCCGUUCCCUUUCUCAUUCCCGUCCCUUUUCUCCCAUCCCCUUCCUUUCAUCCCUUUAUUCCUAGUUUUUAUUCCUACUCCAAUUCCCACACCCAGCUGCAAUCCCAGUCAAAAUCGAAACCAAACCAUUAUUCGAUGAAUCCAAGUAGUUGAAAUUGAUAUUAUUAGACUACGUGCUCUGAACAGACAUUCUAAAUUCAUAGUCAUAUUGUCGCACUCAUGCAGCAAAAUCGUAUUUUGCUCACUAUUUUCAAGCCCCUUGUUGGGGUGAAAAAAUACUUUCUGACGUAUGAAAAUCUAGAUUGUUUAAAUUUGAGACAUUGAUAGUUCAUUGACUUUAAGAAAAUGUAUUGGUAAAUGUGUCACAAACUCUAUUAUCGUUUUUACACAGUAGCUAACUAAUAACUAUGGAUGUAUUUAUGGAACUGUACACUAUACUUAAGGGUGCGUUUGUAUAAGAGAUGUAGGUAUUUUAUGUUGGCUAGUGUUGUACCUAAGUGUCCGCGUCGGCUCGGAGCGGAAUUCAAACAUUAAAUUUUGAAUGUAAUUGGAUAUUGAUUUGCCCAACACUACUCUCAGUGCUGCUCGUUUGCACCAACAAAUGUGGUUAUGCCUUGUAUUUCCGGGCUGCAAGAUAAAUUUACUAAGCCCGGUGACGUUCUGAUGGCAAUGUUAUGUAUCUAUAUCAGGAUCGCCUGACGAGCCACCUAAAGCAUCCCAGCCGGCCGCAGGUUGAGCAUCGCGUAUCGCUACUCUAAUAUAAAUAAACUGCUAUUAUAUUGCACACUAAUGCGAGUAAUAUCAAAUAAAGAUCAUAUUUUUAAGCAUUUUGCAUGCCGCUCUGGGUCGCACGGACGUAUUUAGGCGCCACCCGCCCGUGUAUGUACGUACCACUUAUAUGAAUAUGCUUGUCAAACAAUAAAUUAAAAGCACGCAUAAUAUUUAAUUCGUCGUCUAUAGAUAUGAAUAUGACGCUUAUUCUAUGAUGCAGUUUUGUCUGCUUAGGAUUAUCGUGUUUUAAGUUGAUUCAUUAGGUCAUACACAGAUUUAAUGUACCAAUUUGUCUUUUUCUGUACCCCAAAAUAGUUAUAUUUAGUUAAAUACAUCAAUGAUACACAUGUCAUCAAUUUUCAUAUUAUUCCCGAAAACUACUUCGGGAUCGGUUUUGGGCAAUGAAAGUAACCAUCAGAAAAUGGUCCUUAACUUUCGGGAGGAGGGUUUUUUUUUUGCUGUGUAUGGCCCAGAGUACACGGCGGGAAGAAAUUGAUAACGCGAGAUAUGUAAUUGAAGAAAUUUUAUUUUAAAAUAUAAAUACAAGAGGUUCAAAUUGAAGCAAUUUUACCUUAAAAUAUAAUUGCAUGAGGUUCAAAUUUCUUAAAUUUUAUAUCUCGAGUCAUCAACUUCUUCCCUCCAUUGUACGGAUAUGUACAAGUGAUUUUCACGCUGCCUAAUAUGUAUAAGUGACAUUUCAAAUGUACCUUUGGCCAAAAAUAACAACUAAAAUAUUUUGAGGGCUUUGCUUUAACUCUAAUAGAUCUGUUAGAUUGUUUUACUGUUUUGCAUGUUAAUUGUGUACAAUAAAUGUUUUAUUGUUAUUAGUACAAUCGCCUUGUACAAUUAUUUUUUCUAACUGGUUUAAGAGUGAUCUACUUAUUGUUAAUUUUACUAAUUUAUUGAAAUGCUUUAACUGUAUAGAGUAGGUAAGUACAAGAUAGAUAAUUAAUGCGACCAUGGCCUAUUUUGUUACGAUUUACUUCGACAAAUCUGCAAUAUUAAUUGUAUUAUUUUGGUGUACUGUAGUUAUUUAUAGGCCGCAGCUUUUAUUAAUGUAAUUCAAAGUAUUUAUUCUUGUAUAAGGUAUUUUGGCCCUUAGUAGAGUACAAGUGGACGUAGUGUUUAUUAAGUCGAUUUAAAAGCAUCGACCACCUAAUAUCGGUGUAAUAAGUUUCCUACUGCCAUCAUUUAAACCCAGGGCAGAGAGGUGGUCGGUUCACGGUGGCCAAGCAUCUGUUGACUAACGAAAAGAGUUCUAUAAAAUUGCCAAUGUAAUUAGUACUUACAAAAUGAAACUUGCAACGAUGUUACAUUAUAGGGAACCUGGCAUGUGUCCUCUGCCGCCUAUUUCUAUUGCAUCAUUCACUGUUUUCAAUCCUACGAGCACGAAUUUUAGAAAUUUAUCGAUGCCUUGGAAAUAUUAGUCUGUUAGAUAUUCCCCACCAAAAAUAAAAUUAUUUCAUAUAGCUUUUCAAAUUCAAAUCUAUAUAAUGACUAAUAUAAAGUAAUCGAAAAUUAGAGUGAUACAAUUUUUGGCACUUUAGAUUCUGUCGGACUUUAGAGCACUGCGUUUUACUGUAGCGUCGAGAGACGUAAGGAUGCGAGCGGAUCACUACCUACUACUGAAAUUAUUGUGAUAUGUAAACUUGGCGAAGCGAAUUUUCAGAGUCUUUACAAAGUCGACUGCUAGUGAUUUUUGGACGACUUACAAUUCUAAUAUUUAUCAUAUUACUAUAUUAUAUUAUACAUACAUACCUCUAACAGUUUAUUAUUGUUAACUGUUAUCUUGGAUAAGAAAUGAGGCGACGGGGCGCGGUGCUUCCUCUUUCGUUUUCUGUUGGUCUAAAACUCGAGCCGAUCCAAAAUAGAAAAAUCCAUCUUAAUCUGUCAUUGAUAUUUUGCACCAAUACGCACGUAAGUGACGGUGAGAUGCACAAAAUGAAUAACAUAUAUCGAUAACAGAUUAACAAGAUACUUAAAGUUUUAAUUGGCCUCGUAUUGAAAGCUUGUAUCUGCGUAUCGAUUCAGCCCUGAGAUACGAGUAGCCGUACCAUAAGUUGACACUUGACGUUUACGUUAGCGACUGCGUAAACUCGAUCGCAGUCCAUCUCGCUCACACUGGUAAUUGGUGCGAUAGAGAGAGGAAUGCGAUCGAGUUCACCGAGUCGCGCUAACAUGAAUCUCAAAUGCCAACUUAUAGUAAAGCCCGACCAGACAUAUAUGAUCAUUGUCAAGAGGGCGCUGUUAGUUUCAUGUUUAGGGUGACAGUUCAGUUUAAUAUGAAAAAUUUAGUUCCAAUGAAAUUCCGCAAUAUGGCGCGUGAUCAUAUAUUACUGGUCAGGCUUUACCUACGCCCAGGGGUGUCUAAAAGUAAUGACCGAUCAGCAUAAGUUAAGGCUUGCAACGACGUAGCAAGUAUUAACAUUAUAGGCACUAAUAUAAUAGCCAACAUGCCAAUCGUUAACGCUCCAUAGCGAACGAAACGCAACUGUCACUGUCGUACUAAUAUGGAGAGUGAUACAGAGAGAUAACUACGCUACGGAGCGUUAACAAUUGGCACGUUGGCUAAGCACCCAGGUUUCCUUAUAAAUAUCAUGUUUCGGCUGAAGGUACGGGGACCCAGUGACAAUCGAUGAUAGAAAACGCCAACCGAAAUGUAAAUGAUGUAUGGUAACGAUUACUAAUUCACUUUUCGGUGCAUCUACCAUCUCAGUACACGUUUACUUUUCGAUUGGCGUUUGUCGAUAUACGAUUGUCAUCUGUGCUAGGCCCCCUGAUUCUUAUAAUUGAAAUAAUUAUUGAGUAUCUACGAGUAUUAACCCUUACCUAUGCGUCCUACAUUUGACUUGUCACAUAAUGAACAUACCUAAUAUACUUACAUAGGUAUGUUUGUACCUACACUUUAACAAAACUAAUCGCCGCGUUUAUUUCCUUUGGUCCUGGCGGUAACUUUUAUGAAAACAUACUUAUAUUGGGACCAAUGUGAACGUCAAUUCCUGAUCGAAAUCGAAUGAAUAAAAGUUAUUAGUUGUUGCAAUAAUGUGAUACGUAGGGAUUUAAACCUUGAAUAAAGGUGAUAAGGUUCAGAUCUUGGAGCACCCCGCCCCGUCGUCGCCGGUUUUAACGUAAGCGAACAUGUGAAUGUAACAGGAAUAUAUUAUUUGUUCUCGUUCUUAA